AUGGGUGACGAUAACCCUAUGGCUUUGAGAGAUCAUUAUCUCCCUACCACAUACACUUCUCCCACAUGUCUCAGGUUGCCGGAUGUUACAGCAGCCCACUAUGAGAUUAAGCCUAGUACUAUACAGAGUUUACCAUCUUUUCUAGGACUUAGUACUGAAAAUCCUUACGAUUUCCUCGGUGAAUUCUUAGCAAUUUGUUCUACCAUUAAAUUGAGCGGGUUCACUGAGGACGCUCUAAGGAUGCGUCUCUUUCCCUUCUCCCUCAAGGAAAGAGCCAAACAUUGGUUUCAUUCCUUAGCACCAAACUCCAUUACUUCUUGGGCUCAAUUGCAACAAGAAUUUCUAAAGAAGUAUUUUCCCAUAGGAAAGACCAAUGAUAUUAGGAGAGCUAUCACUAGUAUCUCCCAAUAUGAGGGAGAACAACUGUAUGAGACCUGGGAAAGACUCAAGGACCUACUUAGAUCAUGCCCACACCACGCUGUCCCGAAGUGGCAGCUAGUGCAAAGCUUCUAUGAAGGCUUGACUGAGCCUAAUAGACAAAUGGUAGAUGCAUCUUGUGGGGGAACAUUUAUGAUGAAAAGUGAGGACGAAGCAUGGACAUUGUUUGAAAACUUGAGUAAUAAUUCCACUCAGCAUGCAUCCACUAGACGUAGAGCACCUGCACCUAAAGCACCAAAGACCGAAGGUCUUUUUGAAAUAGGACAUUCUUCAGAUGUAGCUACCCAAGUAGUUGAUGCUAUCACUAGGAAAUUAGAUCAAAUGAUGGUUGCUGGUUUUGCUCCUAAUUCUACUCACAUGCACACACAGCACACACCAUGCUCAUUUUGUUCUAAUCCUAUGCAUCAUACAAAUGAUUGUCCUACUGCUGGAAAGUUUUAUGAUGAUUUAACUGAGCAGGUCAAUGCAGCUUUUUCACAUCCGGGUAAUGAUCCAUACUCCAAUACUUAUAACCCAGGGUGGAGAAAUCAUCCCAAUUUCUCAUGGAAGGCUCAAGCUUCAAGUAACUCAGUCCCAGGGGUGCAUAAUCAAGCUCAAUCUAACAGGCAACCCUACCAAUCUUCUUCCACAUACCGCCCUUCACAACAGCAAUCUCAGGCCACACCAUCUUCUCAGUCAGAUUCUGGCAUUCAGGCUCAGAUGUUGAAACUUCUAGGCGAGAUCAAUCAGAAGGUGGACUCUUAG